GGUGUUAUGGUUGGUAUGGGCCAGAAAGACUCCUAUGUGGGUGAUGAAGCACAGAGCAAGAGAGGUAUUCUGACUUUGAAAUACCCCAUUGAACACGGAAUAAUCACUAAUUGGGAUGACAUGGAAAAAAUCUGGCACCAUACUUUCUAUAAUGAACUGCGUGUUGCCCCUGAAGAACAUCCCACCCUGCUGACAGAAGCUCCUCUGAAUCCCAAAGCCAACCGUGAGAAGAUGACCCAAAUUAUGUUUGAGACCUUCAACGUGCCUGCCAUGUAUGUGGCAAUCCAAGCUGUUCUCUCCCUCUAUGCUUCUGGACGUACUACAGGUAUUGUCCUUGAUUCAGGGGAUGGAGUCACACACAAUGUCCCUAUCUAUGAAGGUUAUGCUCUUCCCCAUGCUAUUAUGCGUCUGGAUCUGGCUGGCAGGGAUCUGACUGACUACCUCAUGAAGAUUCUGACAGAACGUGGCUAUUCCUUUGUAACAACAGCUGAACGUGAGAUUGUCCGUGACAUUAAGGAGAAAUUAUGCUAUGUUGCUCUGGACUUUGAGAAUGAAAUGGCUACAGCAGCCUCCUCCUCUUCUCUAGAGAAAAGUUAUGAGUUGCCUGAUGGGCAGGUCAUCACAAUUGGGAAUGAGCGUUUCCGCUGUCCAGAAACCCUUUUCCAGCCAUCUUUUAUUGGUAAGGAAUUCUUUUACGUGGAAGCUUUAGCUUGAAGUUACUGGCUGGCUUAACUGGCUGCUGGCUGAAUUGCUUCUCUGUGCAGUAAACUCUAAAGGAAAUAUAAAAUUAAAAGGAUGCAAAAUGCAAAAAGAUAAAACAUUUUGCAAAUAAUCAAAAUUAGUAGUAAUAUCUCUCAAAAUGCAUAUUCUCUUCUGGGCUGAUGACAAUGCUAAACUAUUAGUGGGAGCCACACUGCAACAAAUAAAAGAAAAGGGCAGAAAUUAAAUUAAAUUUAAACAAAUACAGCUCAAAGAAAUACUUGCAUAUAAACCACUUUCUCCUCCAGCAACAUUAAGAAAUAUUUUGAAAUAACUUUUGGAGGGACUAUAUAUGGGUGUUAAAAGGGACACAGUGGCUCAGUG